AACUGACGGAAUAAAACCCUCGUCGCCUGUUCGAAAUCUCAAAGGGGCUAAAUUAGAGUAGAACCGUGGAAGGGAGAGAUGCAUCUAUGGCCGUCUCAAAAGAUCAGGAACUAUUACAGCUGCGCUUACGUCUCGAAGUUCGAAUGGAAUCUGAAACAAUUAAGGCAAAGCAAAGCUGCUACUUCAGUAUGCGCCUCCGACGACCGCUGCGUGAUCCGAGAAGCUCUGAUCUCCUCCUCUUCUCCGAUGCCUUCAUCAUUGGAACAGAGAAAGGAUGCCGUUGAUCCUUUUUCGAAGAUCAUCAGACUGGUCCUCCUCUCCUGCUGCUGCUGUUGCUGCUUUUUUUGCACAGCUUGCCCAGACGAGGAACAAAAGUGAAGUGCCGAUCAUAUAAUUCUGCCAUGCUGAAAAGUGAAUAAAUAGUUGUUGCCUGUGAAAGGUUUGUGAAGGCAAUGAUCAAAUUUCGUUCUUCCAAGUUGAUUAGUGAAACUGAACUUAUUUGUAAAUAAUUUUUCUUUGAAAUUCAUUAUGUUCUUUUCAGUUUCCAAGGCUUCAUAUUUACUUAGAUAGUAAUACAGCUCUCAUGUCUCUGUAAUGUAUUCAUUGUAGGAAUAAUUGAAGCAUGAAAUAAGUUCAGGUUUUAUGAAAAA